AUGGGCGGCAGUCAAGAAGAAUUUCCACUCUUGAAUAGCCUUGGCUUGUAUGCUGCCAACAUUCUCGGUGAUGGAAAUUGCCUUUUCCACGCACUUAGUGAUCAGCUGUACGGACACCAGAAAGAACACCAAGUCAUCCGUUCCAAAGUCAUCGACUACAUGCGAGAACAUGCCGACUACUACAAACAAUUCAUAGAUGCUCAACCCGGUGGUGGCACACGGAGGAAUCCCAAGAGAAAGAACGUCGGCUCCUUCUCCGCCGUUGCUGCUGCUCCAUCCGAGGCAGACAUAGACCACACGUUCCAAAACCACCUUGAGAGAAUGGCAAAAGGUGGCACAUAUGGUGACAACAUGGAGAUUUCGGCUUUUAGCUCGGCAUACAAUGUAGACGUCAAGAUCUACCAGCGAGACUUUGCCUACAUGAUCUCAGGCUCUGGUGACGACCGAGAGCGAGACGUUGCUCAUAUUGCUUACCAUGCCUGGGAGCACUACUCGUCCAUCCGCAACCUCGAUGGUCCUCACUCCGGCCCGCCCAAUGUCACUGUCAAAGCUUUGUCGCCCGACGAAGAGCAGAAACAGAAAGAGAAGCUAGCUCAGACACCUCACGUGCUCCCUUGGAUGGUCGACGUCGUCUCGUCCUCUCUUCCAUUCCUUGCCGACAAGCCUACCAUCAAACGCACUCUCGAAGAAUGCAAAGGCAACAUCGAUGCCGCCGUCGACAAGCUUAUGGGUGCUGAAGAAAACGGCAGCCUGUCAUCUGCACAAGAGAGCUCCAGCGUUGAGCGUGAAGCCGAUAGUGAAGACGAAUACCCUGGCAAGGAUGGACCAAACAAAAAGCGAGACCGCAGGCCAUCGUCACGACAGCAAUCUGGAGAAGCCAAGUCAGACGAAACGCGGGCCAAGUUCGGGACACAUAAUGACUCUUCUGAAUCCGUCAAAUCAGAACCUUCAGAAUCUUCGAAACCACAGCCUGACAAGAAGAACGACAUCGUUCCUGACACACGUCCAAGACCCACUAUCAGGCUGAAGUUCAAUUCACAGAAGGCAUCAACGCCAGCCCCUGCUCCAGGCAAAGGACCUCAACGUCAAACUGCUCGGGACAAGAAAGACAUGAAGAAGCAGGCUCAAAAGGCCGCUCGCAAAGAGCGGGAGCAGGCAGCGGCUGGUGGCGAUCGACCUGAAAGCCCAACCACUUCCGGCAUGAAGCUUCGCAGCAAAGGCAUGGUCAACACUCCACCCAUCGAGUCCGGUUUCCGCACUCUGUUCAUCUGA